AUGGUCGCCGGACCCGGAGUCGGAGACCUGCCGUCGACAUCUCCGCUUCUGCAAGAUCAGCACGAAGAUGCGGUCAGUGAUGAGAGACCCACCAAGAGGCAGAAAGUGGCCGCCGCCUGCGAUCAGUGCAGGGAAAAGAAGAUCAAAUGCGAUGGCUUGAAGCCGCGGUGCAGUCCUUGUCAGAAACGAGCUGGCGCAAACGCGCAUUGCGAGUGGGGCGUGAGGAAGAAGCGCAGCACUGGAGCCUCCAAGCUGGAGAUUGUACGCCUGCAGUCUCGGAUCGAUGAGCUGGAGAGAGUCCAUCGAAGGAAGUCGGAGCCCGAGAGCACAGAUCAGCCGAGUCCAUCUACCCCUCGAUCAGCCUCGGAUGCGAACCAUCACUCCAGCGCAAACGCAAUAUUGGGCCUGAUAGAAGAAGGCGGCCACGGCGAAGAGAGCGUAGUCGGCGACUCAAGUGCUGCGAGCUUUAUGAAUCGGAUCAAAGCCGUCCUCGACCAACAGUUGUCCCCCGGUUCGGCGCAGCAGCCCCGUUCUACCAGUUCUUCCGCAGUACCAACGGGCUUGCACCGCCAAAGACGGUUCCGAAACCCCGACUACGUCCUUCCGCCAAGGCAACAGGCAGACAAACUCCUCGAGGUCUACUGGCGACUGGUGGAUCCGUUAUACCCAUUCAUUGACAAGGAUGAUUUCAUGGGCAAGUAUCAGAGCCUCUGGGCGGGGACUCCGACGAUGGACGAUGAGGUAUGUUUCAUAUGCCUCUUGAACGCCACUUUCGCCGUGGCUUGCAUUCUCGACUCGUCGAUCCGUCCUCAAGAUCGAGUGAGCUCGGGCGAAGUCUACUUCAAGCGCGCUCAGGGAUACGUGGAUCUCGAGUUUCUCCAAUUUCAAUCUGUGCAUACGGUCCAAUGCCUCCUGCUUCUGGCCCAGUACUUGCAGAGCACCAGAGAGCCGCAACAGUGUUGGCUCUUUGUGGGCCUGGCGAUCCGCAUUGCGCAGAGUCUUGGUCUUGACUUGCCUUCCACCAGCGCCCGAGCACAUAAUGGCAGGCCGGAUGAUUUCCUCCGCAAAGUCUGGCAUGGUUGCGUGCUUAUGGAUCGCAUCCUAUCGAUGACAUUUGGCCGCCCGACCAUCAUCACUCCGCAAGCCGCAGCUUCGGUGCCUCGGCCACUUGCUCAUCCAGGCCUCGGUGAUUGUGAAUGCCAUAGGGACCUUGUCCAGUUCGACGCGUCUCCUUCAGAUCUCCAUUUCUUCCUCGAGACUCUACAACUGUACGAAAUCAUGAGCGAGACUCUUCUGGCGCUAUACAGUCCCACCGCUGGAGGACAUGGCUCCACGGCAGAUGAUAGCUAUACCCCCUAUUUCGGCGCCCUUGGUUCAAGAGCAGCAGGCACGGUGCUGGAAAUGGAUGCCAGAUACUCCACCUGGCAACGAGCUCUGCCUUUCCAUCUCCGGUUUGCCCGCGGGUCGGGUAUGCCACAGAAUCUGACUCACGCCCGUCAAGCAAGGGUGCUCUACCUCCGUUACUCCCACAUUCGGACCCUGCUCUUCAGGCCCGUUCUAUCCCGGUUUUGCAGCAUUUGCCACCACGACGACAACAUCGAAAGAGACUCGCUGGCCUAUAAACUGGCUCUACAAUGCUCGGUCAUGUGCGUACAGAGCGCUCUGGACACAGUCAACCUUUUCGGCAAAGUUCACUCCGAGGUCCGCGUAGAGCUCCUCGACGACAUACUGCCAGCGUGGUGGUAUUGCAUUCUCUACCUGUACACCGCGGCAACGGUCCUCGUGGCAGCGCGGCUCAACUCGACGAUCGAACGGGAAAUCGGUGGCGAGGACGUCAUCUUGAACGCCUCCCGGACGGUCACGGCAGCGUUGCACCGGUACGGCAGUUUCGGGAAACACACGAAGAGAUGCGCCGCGGCCAUUGAGCUCCUGUUUGACCAAAUACCCGGUCAGGUCACGCAGCAAGGAUCUCAAAAAUCGAGCGAACUCGACAACACAAGUGCUCCCAGUCUCGCGAAGGGUAUCAGCACAGACUUGCAGCCAGAUAGAACAGCAAGCGGCGGCCAGACGUGGACCUUUGCGGAUAAUGGCGCGGGCGCGGGCGCAGACGCAGGCAUUAAUAGUGACAAUGUCGGUUUCGGCCAAAGCACCAUCCUCCCCAACGAUGCUUCCGUUGAUUUUGCCACCAAUACCGGCGCAACAACAGCAAUAGCAACGGCGUCAGCAACAGCGCCGCCUUUGAUGAUGGAUGAAGCCUUUUUCGAGCCCUCGGAUCUGCGCUUCGAUUUCGAUCUCGGAGGAGACAUGUCCUGGUUGAGCAGCAUUCCGUUUGAGCUUUACAGCGAAGGUGGGUGA